AUGGCUCGCUUGUCUUACAUCUCGCUACUUGGCCUCGCCAGCUCCGUUCUUGCUGCUCCUCAGCCGGCAUUGACCGGAACUGAAGGCACGAUUGCUUCAACUGUUCGAAUUGCUGGUCCUACAGCUGCUCCUAACAUUCACGGUCUCGACAUUGCCGCCGCUCCUCAGUUCUUGACCAUCACCGUCAUUAACAGCCAUGGUGAUGCCAUCUCAACCUCGCACGCUCACGACCCCAACGGACCUUCUGCCGUGUCGGGCAAUGUAGGUCCCGGCACUAUGGCCAAUGGUGCUACUGCUGCUUUUGCCGUCCCAACUGGCUGGAUUGGUAAUGUCGCCAUCAACGACGCCGGCUGGGCCAUUACUGGCGAUGAUUCCCUGAUUGAGGGUAACUUUGUUGUUCCUCAGGGGUCUACUGACGCAGUGGCCGAUGUGGACAUCUCUUACGUUAACGGUUUCUCCGUUGCCAUUGUUUGCUCUUGCAACGGACAAGUCGUCACUGGUUGCAACAAGAACUUGUUCAACCUCAACUCCUGCGGCAACAAUGACGGACAAAACGCUUGCGUUAACCCGCUCCGAAGCGAUGAAGGAGCCACCUCUGCUGCGCCCUUCUUCGCCCCCUGCCAGCACGCUGCCUGGACGUAUGUCAACGAUGGCGCUGCCAACUCUUUUGGACAGUGCCAGUCUGGUCAAAUCACCUGCUGCGUCGGAGCUGCUUGCCCGCCUAACCCUAGACAGCCAUAA